AUGCAAGCCACCAAGCGUGCCUCAAAACGAUUGAGCAAAUACAUGCUCGACACUCUCCUCCGCCCCAGCACUCCUCCCACCACCAACACUUCCACCACCACUCCUCCCACCACCACCACCACUACUAACACCGCAGAAAUGGCCCGCAACGACGAAGCCGCACAGCGCCAGAGAGAGGAGGACUACCUCUUCGCCGAGCCCGCCGAGGGCCAUGUCCGCAUCGACCAGAUCGCGGACAGCGAGCUCAUCAAGCUGUUUGACCCCGCGGGCCCAGGAGUCACCGAGAGCGGGUACGUGAGUGCCCGGCACGUCGGGAUCCCGAUCGUCCAGAUCGCGGGAAUGGCGCCCUCCCUACGUCCCUACCACGCCCUCUGGCGCCACCGCUACGCCCUCCAAGUCCAGCUCCCGCACAACUGGAGCACCUUCCGCCAGCGCUACACCUGGGCGUCGCUCCCGGAGUCCGCAAUCCGCACCGGCGACCUCAACACCGACAUCCGCAUCGCGCGCGAGCUGUGCGUGCUGCUGCGCCUGUGCGCCAGCGUCCUCGCCGAGGUGCUGGACAGCGGCGCGGGCGACAUCGUCAACACGGUGCAGUGGCUCCGCGACGAGAUCACGACCGUGGGGGACGAUGAGGUCAGGUGGAGGGGGUGGCUGGUCGGCAUGGUGCGGCAGAGGGAGAGGGGGUGGCGGGAGGGGUGGUAG